AUGGCCUUGAGGAAUUUCCAGAUGGGAAUGCUUGAUUAUGCUCACGAAAAUCCUGAUUAUGAAGAUGAAAUCGAGCAGAGGGGCCAGCUUCCUGAACUGGGUUCUGACGAUCAUCUCUUCAUGUUGCUGUUAACCACGUAUGACAGGAUUGUUGAGAGGUUGAAGGUUGCAGCUUUGGAGCUGAAGGAGACUAUCGUUGCUGAAACCUGGGGUUCAGGCCAAAAUGUGGGUGAUUUUACUCUGUAUUCUGGUGCUCUUGGGACUACCUUCCUGCCACGGAAGUCAUUUCGUGUUACCCAAGAUGAAGAGGACCUUCGUACCUGUUCUGAGAUUGUGAAGGCUUGCGACAGUGCUCCUGUUUGCUCAAGGGAUGUCUCGUUUAUCAAAGGGAGAGCUGGUGUUUGUGCCUUUGGAGCAGUGGUGGCAAAAGCAAUGGACGGCGAUGAGCUUAUGAUUUCCUAUCUAAGCAAAUUCAAAGAGAUUGACCUGCCAGCAGAUCUUUCUGAUGGACUAAUGCAUGGAAGAGCUAGUUACUUGUGGGCUUGUCUCUUUAUCAAUAAGCAUCUAGGCAAAGGAACUAUUUCGUCUGCGCAUUUGUGGAAUGGAAAGAACUACUGGGGUGCUGCUCAUGGAGUGGCUGGAAUCCUGAUUGGGGGGAGGAACUUGAUGGAUCAGUUAUGGUCCACCGUCGAGGAGUUGCUGAGCAGAUUGCUGUGCGUUGCUUUUUGGUUGCCAGUUGUUUGCUCGAUUAUCUUCUCGAGGACCACGGUUGUUAUUCCGUUUGGGAAAGUUACAGAAUCCUGCGAACUUCCUGCCCUUUGUCUGAGGAGUGCCCUGCACAUAUUGCUGGAAUUUCCUAGAUUUUACCCCAGCCUCGAUUUCACCCUUGAGUUCCCUACAAUCCCCAGUGUUGUGACCAUGGUCCUUGUGGUACUCACAAUAUUGAUCCGUAGACCUGUUUGGAUUGUGAACCAAGGGCUUUGGAAUAGCUUGUGGAUUUGA